GGUGACGUCGGGCGGUUGGCGUGAUUGCGUCACGCGUGUUGACGCUCAUCUCGGGAAGUCGCCUCCAUUGUUUGCUUGCCCAGCGGCGUCUCCCCGUUUCCGUACUGACUCGCAAGAGACGACACAGAGACAGAGACACAGACAGAGAGACAGAGACACAGACGUAAUGGCCGGGUUUCUGGAUCACGUGCGCUGGCCCGAGUGCGAAUGCAUCGAUUGGAGCGAGAAGAGAAAUGCCAUCGCCUCCGUGGCUGCGGGCGUGCUGUUUUUCACAGGAUGGUGGGUGAUCAUCGAUGCUGCGGUUAUGUAUCCUGAGUCGUCCAAACUCAACCACGCUUACCACACAUGUGGUGUGAUCUCAACUAUAGCCUUCCUCAUGAUAAACGCCGUCUCUAACGGCCAGGUCAGAGGAGAUGGAUACAGCGAUGGGUGCAUGGGACAGACAGGGGCGCGCGUCUGGCUGUUUGUGGGCUUCAUGUUGUCAUUCGGAGCCCUCAUCGCCUCCAUGUGGAUCCUCUUUGGUGGAUUUGUUGUCACAAAGCAAGAGAAUGUCUACCCGGGUCUGGCUGUCUUCUUCCAAAACGCGUUCAUUUUCUUUGGGGGACUGGUUUUCAAGUUUGGACGAUCUGAAGAUCUUUGGGAAUGAGAAAUUUCCACUCAAGCACUCACUCAUCCACUCGCUUAAACAUUGACCCACUCAUGCACCCACUCACUCACUCACCCACUCACUCACUCACCCGCUCACUCACCCACUCACCCACCCAUUCAC